CUUUCCACGCCCUAGUCGUUCGUCUCGUCCUCCCGUAUUUUUUGGGACUGGUGACGCUACAAACAACCCGAAGUCGCUCUUAGCAACUGGCACCCGAAUCGCGAGUUAUUUGCAACCGACGCAUUUACUGAGGGAUGGAUUAAAUCUGAUGUUUCUUGCAGCAAGAUGUGACCGGGGCAGAUGCUUUAAGCAACGGUGACGGAUGGACAGCCUGUAAGCAGUGGCGCGAGGUCCCAGCCCAUGCUUUUGUUUUGGGGAUCAACUCUUUCUGGGUCCGGAAGAGGGGCGAAUCCCUGCUAGGUGUCCAACGAGAAGCAAGGGGAGAGGGGAGCUAGUGUCCGCACGACAAUCCGCAUGUUUAUGUUUGCGGGGAUGGUUCCCAAAUUAGAGGGAAAGUUGCGGAAUUUGAGGACCGCCCGGAGCCAAUAUCGCUGCAGAUUUUGGACGUAGAACUUUUUUUGGACGGGAGCCGGUGGGUGGGGGGCGGCGUGUGUUUCCUGCGCUGCUUGCCGACAGGGACCCAGCCUGCGACCGGCCCGAACUUUGGCCGUAUGAGAAGGAAAAGAAGCGUCGGUCCGAGCAGGCGGCACGGUGGGGCUCGCCCGGAGGGGGCCAGCAGCUAGCUCAGCUCAGCUCCGCGGUCGGUUUCAGCUCUCACCGCGACCAUCCAGUUCGCCGCAUUUAGCGUUACCGAUUAGCGAACCGCAGCCCUUAAUGCCUCUUUGCUUAACCCGCAUUUUCUUGUGUCGGGGGGCUUCCCGGCCAUCGCGCCUCCCCGCAGCCGUUUAAAUCCUAAAACCGUCGAAGGUGCUUGCAGCCACAUCUGCCCCCGGCUCUGGGCGUUUUUUCUUUGGAAAUACGUUGGAUUCGGGUACCGUUUUGCGGAUCUGGGACAGCAAUUUAACACCCUAAGGGUCUUUCUGAAGCCGGUUAGAUGCUGUCUGUUCCAGGGGGGCUUUGUCUUGGACUUUUAGAUGAAAUUUUUGCUGGAUCGUCGCUCUGACCGAAACCUGCAAUUAUGAUGAUACUGAGCAGAAAACCAGAUGGCCCGAUAACAGCAGUUCGACACGCCGAUGGCCUGUACGACUCCUACAUGCGUACUGACCAUGUUGUGAAUGACGACAUGGACGCAGAGGGCCGGAGUCCCUCUGGGUUGCCCCCUCUGCCCAAACAUACAGCUGGAAACAAGCCUGUCACCAAAGACCACCAGCAAAUGGCAAUCCACAAAGGGCAGGUAAAGGUAAAGUACUUGUAUGAAGACUCCUACAACCGGAAGGUCAACGGUAGCAGCCAUGGCUCUGGGUCCUCUAAGCCACCGGCCACCCUGUCGAAGGAGAGGGGUAUGGAGAGCAGUAGCUCCACCAAGUCUGCUGACAGCACCUCCAAGCCCUGCAAGCCUGGUCCAAUCACCCCCGAGCAGGCCCUGAAGAUCCACCAGCAGCAUCUGACUCCCCUAGAGCAGCAGGAGAUCUAUAACUACCCUGAAAUCUAUUUUGUGGGACCAAAUGCCAAGAAACGGCAGGCGGUAGCUGGUGGGUCCAACAAUGGGGGCUUCGAUGACGACCAGGGUAGCUACAUCCACGUGCCACACGACCACUUGGCCUACCGCUAUGAGUUCCUCAAGGUCAUCGGGAAGGGCAGUUUUGGGCAGGUGGCCAAGGUGUAUGAUCACAAACUCCACCAGCACUUGGCGCUCAAGAUGGUGCGCAACGAGAAGCGCUUCCACCGACAGGCUGCCGAGGAGAUCCGCAUCCUAGAGCACCUUAAGAAGCAUGAUAAGACAGGCAGCAUGAACGUUGUGCACAUGCUGGAGAACUUCACCUUCCGCAAUCACAUAUGCAUGACCUUUGAACUGCUGAGCAUGAACCUCUAUGAGCUCAUCAAGAGGAACAAGUUCCAAGGCUUCAGUCUGCCGUUGGUCCGCAAGUUCGCUCACUCCAUCCUGCAGUGCCUGGAGGCCUUGCACCGGCACAAGAUCAUCCACUGUGACCUGAAGCCCGAGAACAUCCUUCUUAAGCAGCAGGGCCGGAGUGGCAUUAAAGUCAUUGAUUUUGGCUCCAGCUGUUUCGACCACCAGCGCGUCUACACGUACAUCCAGUCCCGCUUCUACAGGGCACCUGAGGUCAUCCUGGGGUCACACUACGGUAUGCCCAUUGACAUGUGGAGCUUUGGCUGUAUCCUGGCCGAGCUGCUCACGGGGUACCCGCUCUUUCCCGGCGAGGACGAGGGAGACCAGCUGGCCUGCAUGAUGGAGAUCCUGGGUGUACCGCCUCAGAAGAUCUUGGAUCAGGCCAAGCGGGCCAAGAACUUCAUCAACUCCAAAGGUCACCCGCGUUACUGCACUGUGACCACGCUUAGCAACGGCUCGUCGGUGCUCAAUGGCGGCCGCUCCCGUCGGGGCAAAAUGCGGGGCCCACCAGGGAGCAAGGAAUGGUCCACAGCCCUCAAGGGUUGUGAUGAUCCCACCUUCAUCGACUUCUUGAAGAAGUGCUUGGACUGGGAUCCGGCCACCCGCAUGACCCCCAGCCAGGCGCUUCGGCACCCCUGGCUUUACAAGCGCUUGCCCAAACCAGUGUCCGGGGACAAGACCCAGGCUCCCAAGCGGAAUACAGAACACGUCACCUCCUUUCCCAGCAUUGUGUCGAAACUUCCCUCUACUGUGGGGCCCGCCAACAACAAACUGAGGACGAGCAUGAUGGGGGACCCUGCUGGGAGUAUACCUUUGCGCACAGUGCUACCAAAACUGGUCUCUUAGGGUGUUGACAUCAGGGCGAUGGACAUAUUGGUUGUGUGAUACUCAUCUAAUUCUAUUUUUAUUUUACAGAAUGUUAAUACUUCAGGUUUAGCUAGGCAAUUAAAAAAAAAAAAGUUAAAAUAAUCUGACAGAUUUUUUAUAUCAAGCAAUUUUCAGAUCAGCUGGUUUUUCUGAGAUCCUUUGAGAAAAUACUGUUAAUUUUUGUUUUUAAUGUGUCAGAUAUUAGACGUGUGGGUUCGAUAGUGUCAUUUUAAUGAAAACUCAUACCCUGGUGUUUAAGGGCUGAAUUUUAGAAUUUCAAGGGCUAAAAAAAGGAUUGUAAAUAAGAAACUGCCUGAAUAAUGAAAUUUAUUUCUAAUUUUACAUUAUUCAUUAGACAAGUGGUGAUUUAAAGAAAUGCUUGUAAUUGGCAUUCGAUUGGUUUUUAAAUUUUCAUCAUGUGCACAGCAAAGAUUCAAACUUUUAAAAAAUUCGUUACAUGAAGGAAAGAAAAGCAAACAAACAUUUGAGGUGGCGUCGUUUAGCAAUAAAUCCACCCCGCGAGUCAUUAGCAUUUGUUUGGUUUUCUGAAAUUGAAUGACGGCCUUGUACCUUGAAAGCGAGCCUGAUGGAAGCUGUUUCUGGCCGAGCGAGCGGUGAGAAGGGCCGUUAGGUGUCUGUCUGUUAGGUGAGUGACAGGCAGGAUGCAGAAUGGGGUUUGGGGAAAUUGGUAUCGGAACGCUCAGCACAACCGGGUCACUACCAAGUAGUCUCGUGCUUUGGUCCAGAAAGACAUGAUCCGGUCUCAUUUUUGGGCUGACUGCCGCUAGAGGAGAACAGAAUCACAGCUUUACUUUUGUGCUUUUUUUUGCCACCUGGGGCAGUUUUCACCGCUGUCUGUGUUCCUGCCGUGUUCUGACACGACCCAGGUGAUUAAGCGGGGUGUUGACUUGGAGCCUCAGAGCAGAAAUGGCUGAUUGGAACCACACCCAUGGGUGCGGCUUUGCUGCCCCAGAGGCGACCUUUAGUUGCAGACUUUGUCCUGGCUGUGCUAGUUUACUGCCCCCUGCAGGGCAGUUUAUUUGUGCCUGUCCCGUAGAGUGAUUAGGGCCAUGGUUGGAGCACCGCUAAACUGUGAACUGCAGCAAGUAACGUCCCACGGGCUUAGCAAGUGGUCAGGGGUUCCCCCCCCCCAAAAAUGGCACCGUCGCAGUUUCUGCUGGCUGCCAAACACAGUUGUCAGCUUGGGGGUGGGCGGCUGUUAACUGGUGUAAUAUGACGGACAGCACGUUCCAUCAGCCGUGUGUCACAGAGCCUUUUUAAUUUUAAUGGGAUACUGUCCACCCCCCAUGGCUAAAUGGCAGAGUGAAUCCCGUGAGAUGGGUUUGGGGGGGGCUGAUUUUGCUCAUUUUACCCCUCUGCCCUGUCCCCAGGCUGAAGCAGUGCGAUCCUGGCUGGGGAUGGUGACUGGUGGCUGGGGCUCGAUGGCCUGGUGCCCUCUAGCUUCUGGGCAAGACACUCAAACCCCUAAGGAUCAGAACAGCUCUGCCAACAAAAGGUUGAUGGCCUCGAUUUUAGGGGCAGAAUAAUUUUUUUAAAGACCCAACCACUGAGAAUGUAGCAUGUUUUUGGGGCUGUUUAUUUAUUAUGAUGGUAAUUUAUUGUAGUGGUAGUAACAGUAGUAGCAUAAGUACUAGUAUGUUGUUGUUGUUGAUGAUAAUGUUGUUAAACUGACCAUUGCUAGACUCCAAAAAAUGAGUGAAUGACUGGGUGGGGCACGGUGCACUGUGACGUGUUUGGCUUGGAUUGCCUGCCGCACCCCCUCUGGGGGCCGCGGGUCAGCAGAUGGUGUGCAGGGAGCGUCCCGAAACAUCACCCUUUCCCAGGUAUUUGUCUCCACCCCCUCCGAAGGGAAUGGUGCUGUCCUGCAAGUAAAGCGGAACCCCUCACUCUCUACUCAGGUGUGAAACUCACUCCUCUUGAGGAUUAAUUAUCCCAGGUAAGGGUCAGCAUCUCGGUUUUGGUGCAGUUAAGACAAACCCUAAUGCUCCCAGAUGGCUUUUUUUGUAAACUGUUUCAUUUGAGCAUAUAACUGGGAGCUAUCUUCCUUUGCCGUAACCUGGUGGGCCUGUGGGAUGCAGUCACCCAGAAGUCUCCGCGUAGACACUGGUGUUACUCUGCGUAAAAGGACGUGUUCCAUGACAUACUGACUGCAGCCAAGCCAACGUUGGCCCCAGACAUGCUCAGACCGCAUCGGGGCCAGACCACAUAACUGAACACACGUCCCCAGAGAGAAGUGGCGCCCCCUUGUGCCGAAACCUCCUUGGGGCUCCUGCUCUCUUUCACCCCCGCCCCAACGUGUAAGGUCCCUGUGCCUUCAGUCUUACACCCUUGACAAUGUCCAGGCACAGCGACUGCCAAUCUCCUUUUAAUGUCAAGUCAGACUUUUGUACCCGUUCUUUUGUAAGUUUUUAUUGCCACAGAUUGACGGGCAAUUUUUAACAUAUGAGUAAAGAUGAGUGUACCUCGCUAAGAUGUUACGGUGUUUCUAUGAUUAUUUGCCCUAGUGUGUGGAGUGAAGAUUGAAUAUUUCAUGGCAUGUCAAUCAUGUUUAAAUUAGGACUGGUGAGACUUGCAUAAUGACAAUUGUGUGAAGUAACCAAUGAGCUUGUAUUUAGUUUCUUUUUUAAGAAAUAAAAUAAUUAUUAACAUGC